CUCCAAGAUUGCGACUUGUGAGCUUUGUACUUGAGAUAUAUAAAAGCUUCCGUGGAACUGCGAUUAGUGAAGGAGUGAUCAGGGCAAGCCCAGCCUGUUGCCCAGAUCUGAUUUUCUCUAUCCCUAUACUCCACUUGCCCCUCAAGUCAUCAUGCUCUAUUCAGCCCUUCUCCCAGUAGCCGCCACCUUGGUCGCUGGAGCUUCGCUCCCUCACUUUAAAAAUUGCCAUCUCAAAAGUUACCCAGGUCCAGAAAAUCCAGGUUUCGAGACUGGUGAUCUCAAAGGCUGGAAGGUCGUCAAUGGCACUGCGUUCGGCAAAGACUCCAUCUCCAGUGAUGUAUCCUACUGGGAUGGUCCUUUUCAUCAAGAUGGCAAAAACUUUCUUCUUGGCUUCAAGCAGGCUGGCGAGGAAGCCGUUGGCGAACUCAAGUCAAGCACCUUCAGAGCCAGCUCUGUCCUGAGUUUUCUGGUUGGAGGUGGCUACGACCCUGAUCACCUCUACGUUGCUCUUGUGCGCGACUCGGACGGAAAGCCCCUUCUGAAGCAGACAGCUACUAACGAUGAGGCUCUCAUUCGUAUCACUUGGGACACAAGCAAGUGGCAGGGUCAGAAGGUGCACAUCCUUGUGCAUGACAGUAGCAUGUCAAAGUCCUGGGGUCACAUCAACAUCGAUGAUGUCCGCGUUGGCUGCCAUGCUCUUGGAGACGGCAAAGACCUCUCGUUCAACAUCCUCGGUCAGGCAAACCAAGUCCCUCACAGCUCCUCCACUUGCUCCUCCUACGCUGCCGACCCCAUUAGACCCCAAUACCACUACACGCCUUACCAGGGGUGGAUCAACGAUCCCGCAGGUCUGGCUGAGUUCCAUGGGGCUCAUCACCUCUUCAGUCAAUAUUACCCAGAGGCUCCGCUGUGGGGUCCGAUGCAUUGGGCACACGCCAAGAGCACUGAUGCGGUUCAUUGGCGCGAACAGCCGGUUGCUUUGUAUCCUGCUAAAGUGAGCAAUUCGAGUGAUGACUCUGGUCGCUUUACUGGGAGCGGAGUCGUCGACAAGAAGAAGAAUGAGCUGCGGCUUAUCUUGACUGACUACAUCAAUCUCGCUUAUCAUCCUGAUGCAGUCCAGGAGAGUGUUAUUACGGCAACAAGCAAAGAUGGAAUCAAGUUUGAUCUUGCCAAGAAACCCAUCAUCUCGGGCCCUCCCGAAGGAGAAGAUCCAUUCUUCCGAGACCCCAAGGUCUUCCGUGAUCCGACCGACAACAAGUGGAAGAUGGCCGUUGGCGCCACUAACGGUGAAAGUGGUCAAGUCCAGCUGUACGAAUCCGACGACCUCGAUUCCUGGUCUCAUGUCGGCGUUCUGUAUACCGGCGAUGGCAGCACUGGAAAGCUAUGGGAGUGCCCCAAUUUCUUCCCACUAGGAGACAAAUGGGUUCUCUUUUAUGGCGGCAAUGGACUUGGUUGGUACGAGACUGGCACGUAUAAUGGAACAACUUUCACGAGCGAGAAGCGCGGUCUUCUUGAUGAGGGCCCUUCUAGUUAUGCUAUGCAGUGGUACCAGGAUGAAGCGGGUCGUGAUCUAGCGAUUACCUGGAUGGCGAACUGGCCUAGUCCCAAGUGGCCAAGCCGCGUGAACGGAUGGGCUGGACAGCAGUCAAUCACUCGCGAGCUGUUCAUCCGCAAGGAUGGUGGUUUGGGUCAUCGUCCGAUUCCGGAGCUGAAGACCCUUGCAUCUGGCCGGACUAAGAAAAUUGGAGCUACAAAGGUUACUCGAAAGGGUCUCCAUGUUGGCAGCUCCAACAGCGCUAGACUGACCCUUGCCAUCGAUCUCACUGCUUCGGAUGCUACGUCCUUCGCCCUCUCGCUCUUCAAGUCCGCUGGUGAAUCUGUGGUGCUGACAUUCGACAAGGAGGCUGGAAGCCUCACCCUUGACACUACCAAUGCUGGUUAUGGGCAGGCGGGCAAGUGGAAGGCUUUUGUUGAUAUUGCUGAUGACAAAAAGUUCAGUCUGGAUAUUUUUCUUGAUAAGUCUGUGCUUGAGAUUUUUAGCGGUGAUGGAACGGUGUUUUCGGCUACUGUCUUUCCAAGAUAUCAGGAGUCGCAGGACAUUAGCUUAGUCGCGAGUGGUGGUGCUUUGGCAGUGGAGUCAAUUGCGCUUACGCCACUCGGCUCCAGCUGGUGUUGAUUAGUUCACAAAAUUGGUCAAAAUUCGUUUUGGAGACGUUUGGAUGAGACGAGUUGCGGGUUCCGGGGUGGUUUAUGCAUGGCUGGAUAGAUGAGGUGGGCUGUUGGAAAGGGUGGCGUGGUUUUAUUUAACCCUUGUACAGAGUACCGUGAUUAGAAACAAUGUAGCUUUGGAUGGGCUCUCAUUCAAG